UUUAUUCUGCAGGUGGUUUCGCUGGCCGGCCGCUUGAACAUGCACGUUCAAUUAAAGCGUUUGCUUGGCUUCCUUCAAACGAAUAGCUGAAAUGACUGGGAUUUUGCCGAUUUUCUGCGCUUCCCUCAUAAUCGCCUCCACUGAUGGAUCGACUGCUUCCAACUUCCACAAGUUGCCCAACUUCGAUAUGGACCAGCCAAGUUGCAAGUACGUGAUCAGCUCAAUAGUCGACAUAGACAAUCAAUUUUUCGGGCUGUUGACUCUUUGGUUCCCGCCACUGUCGGUUUUUGCCAAAAAGUACCUAAAAACAAUCGAGAAACGAGACGUGGCUGUACAAGAACAGCCCGACAGAUUCAGGCGCUCACUGAUCACUGAUGUGAUGGGAUUGAUGAUGAGCAAAGCACCGAAGAAACUGAUUGGGUUGGCCAAAGCGCAGUUUGUUGCCGAUGUUAUCGACAAAGGCCAGAAGCUGUAUCGGCAUUUAAACAAUUGUUCCCUAUGGGCCAAAGACUACUUUGACUAUUGGCGUGGUAUGGUAGGAGUGAUUUUAAAUGAGCAGGGGCCCAUUUUCUUGGGCGGAUUUUAGGCGCUCAACACCAGCGGCCAGUUUUUUGCCACGCAAUUUAGUCCCUUUAGUAUAAGACACACAGGAAUAAAAUACGUUGCAUAAUGA